AUGUCCAUCUUCAAGCGCUCCUCCUUCAGGUCCGAUGACCAUGACAGCAGCGACGUCGACCGCGACUAUUAUUGUGAAAAAGCAGAGGAUGAAGUAGCAUGGGAACCUGUGAAAAGGGUGGACAAGGAGCAAUUGAUGAUCUGGCGGCUGGAGGUUUGUCCAUCUCGUGUUUCAGUAGCACUUUUACAACUGCAGGGUACAAACGUUAAACCUGUUGAAGUGCAGGAUCAUGGAAUCUUCUAUAAUGACGCCAUCUAUAUUGUGCUAAAGGCGGCUAAUAAACAACGCAAAAUUUGCUACGAUCUCCAUUUUUGGAUUCCCUACAGGCUAGUCAACAAAAUUGAUCCUGAGCCUCCUCGGAAGGUGAUGGAAUUGUCCGCGCUGCUAUACGAUCAAGUCGUCUACCACAAAGAAAUUGAAUACUUCGAAUCCUCACUUCUGAAGAGCUACUUUAAAACCUUCAUCGUCCUUCGUGGUGGAAUUGAAACGGCAUUCGAUGAAAACGAACCCAAGAAAUACAAACCACGCCUUCUCAAGUUUCAAUCGAAUCAAAAUAAAGGCGAACUAAGGGAGGUGCCCCUGUCAAAGAAGGCUCUUCAAAGUCAUUACGUCUAUGUUCUUGACAAAGGUUUAUCCAUGCUUCAGUGGAACGGCAGCUUUUGCAGUGAGAAGGAUCGUAUAGGCGCAAGUUCUCACAUUGAGAAUUUUCUGAGACGUCGCAAAGGAAGGCUGACAAGAGAAUUUUACGACGAAGAAGAUCUUUUGGGAAUGAAUCCAUUCAUGAGUGUUUUAAGUGACGAUGAUGUGGACCCCAUGCCAACGGCUUCCAAAUGCAUUGACAAAGCCAUGUACAGGCUUUCUGAUGAUAAUGGGAGGCUGCAGCUGAUCCCAGUAUACCAUAGACGCAUUUCUCGAAACGGACUGGAUCCAACCGACGUGAAUUUUAUUGACACUGCAGAUGGACUGUACAUUUACAUUGGACCAUUGGCAUCAAAACGUGAAUGCGAAAGCGUCUGGCGAGAGGCCGAGCUUCACUCCAUCCUUGCUGGCCUCGAUCACAGGUUGGGGCUCAUUAUUAAGAUUGACAGCUGUUUGUUGAUGUUUGAGUGCGUCUGCGUUAAGUAA